CUUGUUUACUAGUAUUUGCUCGAUUUUCACUCUAAAGAUUCUGAGAUGCCAAGAGUGGAGAGCUCGGACGACGAGUUCCAUCUGGACGACGCCAAGCCAGCCAAAGCCAAGGCCAAGCCGAGCAGCGGUGCGUCAACAAGCAGCAGCGGUAGCAGCGUCAGUCCUCGUGCCAAGAACGCCGACGCCGCAACUCCACGCAGGAAGGGCAGCAGCGCUCCAGCGACGCCGAAAUCAGCUCGCCAGCGCAAAUCCAAGCCCAGCAGCGGCGACGACGACGACGACGACGAUGACGAUGACGAUGACGACGAUGAGGAUGACGAUAAUGACGAUGACGAUGAUGCCAUGUCUGAUGCAUCCGAUGGUGCGCAGAGCGAGAGCAGCGAGAUGGAGUCGGAGGACGACGAGAUUGGCGGGAAAGUGAAAAAGCGCGGGAAAUCCGCUGCUACUCCCUCCAAGUCCAAGGCGAAAUCCACGCGUGCAUCGCAAACCCCAGCUGCGAACAAGACCAAGAUCAAGAAGGUCGCUGCCUCUGCUUCAGGGUCAAAGCAACGGCCGCAAGCCGAGCUCGACGCAGACUCGUCGUCCAAACUCGAGUUCAAGAGUCCCGCCGAGUUCUUUGCCAACAACAAGAACAUUGCGGGCUUUGAUAAUGCUGGCAAGUCGCUCUACACGACCAUUCGAGAAUUUGUUGAAAAUUCGUUGGAUGCUGCCGAGGCCAUUGAGGUUCUUCCCGUGAUUCAUGUUACCCUGGAGGAAAUUGAGCAGGCCACGUUCAACUCUCUCGUUGGACUGCAGGAGCACUUGCGCAAGAACGAGCGACUAUAUCAAGAUACGGCCGUUGCUGCGGCUGCUGCUGCCAAAUUGAAACGUACAAGCUCAACCGAUGCGAAAGCAGCCAAAAAGACUGCCAAAGCCAGUGCUGUCGAUGCAGUAGAGGAUGUACCCACUCCGGCAGAAGGUCCUGCGCCGAUGGACACAUCCUCUCCAGCGUCCGCACCACCUACAACGGCAUCGGCCGGUCGUACUCGUGGCAAAGCUACGUACUUUAAAGUUACCGUCAAGGACAAUGGCUGCGGCAUGAGCCACAACGACAUUCCCAACAUGCUGGGUCGAGUUCUUGCUGGAACAAAGUAUGGCGUCAAACAGGCGCGAGGCCGAUUUGGCCUCGGAGCAAAGAUGGCUCUCAUUUGGUCUAAAAUGAGCACUGGACGACCCAUUGAGGUGUUCACGGCCACGGAGGGCUCAGCACACAUUUCUCACUGCGUCUUGGACAUUGACAUUUACAAGAACGUGCCGAACAUUAUCACUCAUGAGAAGGCGCCGAACGACAAGCAGUGGCGUGGCACGGAAAUUUCAGUCCUGAUUGAAGGCAACUUUGUCACGUAUCGAUCCAAGCUGCUGUCGUACAUGCGCCAAAUGGCUGUGAUCACGCCUUAUGCCGAACUGCAGUUCCAGUUUGUCGCCGCUCAAGCGUCCAAAUCGUUCGUCAUCAAGUACGGACGCCGAAGCGAAUUCAUGCCCCAACUCGCCGUUGAAAUUAAACAUCACCCGUCCUCGGUCAACCUGAUUGUGAUGAAAAAGCUGAUUUCAGACGUCGGUGCCUCGAUGAAUCUCCGCAAGUUCCUGUGUUCGCAACUUUCUUGCAUCUCCUCACCUCUGGCAGCCGAGAUUAUCAAGGAACUUGGCGACGACUUUUCCGCCGAUUUACGUGUCGGAGAGCUAACUUCUGCACAAGUCCUGCGAAUUUUGCAGCUCUUCCGACAGCUCCAGUUUCCAUCCCCGCCCAGCGAGUGCCUCAGUCCUGCGGGCGAGUACAAUCUGCGCCUUGGCAUCAUGAAAGAACUCAAACCCGAAAUGGUAGCCACGUUUGAGGAAACUGCACACGUGUUCGAAGGCCACCCGUUUAUUGUCGAGGCCGGCGUGUCUCUUGGUGGCAAAACUGCACAACCGGGCAUUUCCGUUUAUCGAUUUGCAAACCGAAUUCCCUUGCUUUUCGAAGCUGGCGGAGACGUGGUUACCCGCACGGUGUUGCAAAAGAUCAACUGGACUGCGUACAAGAUCAAACCCAAUGUAGACAAAGUCGGUGUAUUUGUCAGCAUUGUCAGCACAAAGAUUCCCUUCAAAGGGACUGGCAAGGAAUAUAUUGGCGAUGACGCGACUGAAAUUGGACUCGCCGUCAAGCACGCCAUUCAGCAAUGCUGCCUGCAGCUCCGCGUCAAGUUGCUCCGCAACGCGUCACUGCGUGAGCAACAAGAGCGCAAGCAGAACUUGACCAAGUACAUUCCGACCGUGACCUCCGCCAUCUUUGGCGUGUUGAAGAAAAUGGUUGGCGAUUCUGCGGCAGACCCCGGCACGGCUGAUGGUGCGCGCAAGCGAUCGCGCCUGGAUUUGGGCAUCAGUGCGCCCGUCCUCCCGUUUUCCUUCUCGGAGGCUGAGAAAGAACUGCUGCAGCAAGUUUCUUCGCAAAAGGUCACUGUUAAAACGCUCGAGGAACACCUCAAAGCGCAUGUCGAGGCGACGGAUGUUGAACAAGCAUUCGAUCAUGUCGCCAAGAAUGGUCUCGACCAGGGCACUCGACGAGACUGGCACAUUGGCGUGCAAUGGACGUACUUGCACGAGCAGCUGCUCGCAGAACGCGCACAAGCUGGUCUCGACGAGCCUGCUGACGCGAACGAGAUUGCCACGACCCCUCUACUCCAGCCGAUGGUGGUUGUUGUUCAUCCUGAUUUGCAGCUGCAGUUCAUCCCUCGAGUGUUUGAGCAGCGUCUCGAGUGAGGGAGCGGCACUGAUUUUCGCUUUGUUUCGGACCAAACGUGUUAUGUGCUGUUCUACUACUGCUGAGCUUGUUGACUACAUCCCAUUCGGCGCUUCUUUCCUUCCUUAAAUUAACGUCCAC